AUGGAAGUUGCUCGACGCCGCCUCAUAACCGGGAGUGUGGCGUUCAUAUGCGAGGAUUCUGUGACCAUUUAUCUUUCGUGUCCUUUUCCGAAUGUUGGAAGGCUGAAGCCGAAGCUGCGCGACCACUACCGCGCGCACCAGCUGGCCCUGUGGACGUGGCUGAUCCCGCAGCUGCAGCGCGUCGGGCGCCUCGAGUUCCUGACGCUGCACGACCCGGAGGCGGAGGACGUCGCGGCCGAGGACCAGCUGCAGGAGCUGUCGGUGCUGCACCACCUGUUCUCGCAGUACGACGACCCCGACCUGUACAGCGGCCCCGUGCGGCCUCUGCAGCACAUGGCGGGCCACUACAUCCUGCCGUCGACGACCAGCACGCCCGCGCCGCCCACCACGACGACGCCGUCGCUCUUCUCGCGCCUCAACACGACGCCCGGCUUCCCGCGGCGCAGCCAGCCGGGCCGCGGCAAGCCGCCGGCCUUCGCGCCCAACACCACCGCCCACGCCGAGGCCACCAAGCCCGAGGGCGUGGACUACGUGGCCUACUCGACGGCGCUGUCCGUCACCAUCGCCAUCGGCGUGUCGCUGCUCAUCCUCAACAUCCUCAUCUUCGCCGGCGUGUACUACCAGCGGGACCGGUCGCGCCUCGGCGACAAGCAGGAGCAGCAGAGCCAGCAGAACAGCCAGAGCAGCAGCGAGCAGCAGAUGGCGGCGGCCAUCAGCUCGGCUUCCGGCCCUACAUUAGGGUCGAGUAUUAACCUGGAGGUGACGAAGCCGCCGCUCAGCGUGCCGGCCUCGCUGAAGGCGCCGCCGCCGUCGCCGCUGGCGCACACGCAGGCCUUCACGCACAUCUCCGAGUGCCCGCCGGCCUUCGCCGACACGCCGCUGGCCGUGGAGGGCGGCGGGCACUGCGUGGCCGUGCCGCCCCCCAACAUCCCCAACGGCAGCGCCACGCUCGUCGGCGGACAGCAGCAGCAGAAGCAGCAGCAGCUCCAACAGCAGCUCCAGCAGCCGCAGCAGGUCGUGAUGCCGCGGGCGCCGCCGCCGCCGCGGCUGAUGCCGGCGGAGUCGCAGCCGCUCCUGCCGGUCACGUGCCGGGCCCCCCGGGGGAAGAUCCCGCCCUACGAGGAGCUGCGCGUAUGAUGGCGGCGCCCUCUGGUGACGGUGCUCUCCGCCGCCGAGCACCUGCAGGGGGGCUCGUACCCGGCCACGCCCCCGGACUACCAGCACCACGCCCAGGUCGUCGACUACUACGGCGGGACCUUCUACGACGGCCAAGACAUGACCACGUCGUUCCGCGGGGAGGGCGCCUCCGGCCCCCCGCCGGCGCCCCCGUCGGCCCUCCC